GUCUGUCCAAGUGUCGAGUGGAGAUUAGGCCGGAUGGGGCGAGGGAGAAAGGACAAAAAAGAAAAAAGAAAAGGAAAAAAAAAGAAAAGAUCAAAUCAAAUCAAAUCCCCCGUCGAGGCCAAACCCUAAUCGCCGCCUGGCGAUGGAUGGCCGACGGCGGCGCAGCGGGAGGCCGGAUGUUUCCUACGGCAAUUCGGAUGGAAUCGCCCACAACCGAUCCGUGAUUUUGGGCACCAUCCACGGCUACUACAAGGAGGCGCUCGCCGUGCUGCCGCUCGACGACUUGCCGGAGCUUGCCCCGCGCCUCGUUGGCGCCGGCGUCUGCUUCGGCUUCGGCGACCCUACCACCAACAUCAUCGCCAACACCCUCUCCUCCUUCCUCCCCGACAAGCCUGAUCCCGAUCACCGGGCCAAGAAGCACAAGCGCAAGGCAAGCAUCAAGACGCCAUCGGCAGCAGCGAGGUCGGAUGCCGCCGGCGACGCCCCCUCCCCUCCGCCGGAGACACGAACCAUCGCCGAGCGAUCGCUGGAGGGCCUCAUCACCUUCCUCACAUCUUACUUCCGCUACCUCCCCACCUGGGAUGCGCUCCGCUACCUGUGCCUCGCCAACGCCGACCUCCUCGUCGCCGUCCGCCUCAUCGAGCUUGAUCGCUGCUACAACACCAAGGAUGAACGGUUCCACAUCUCCUCCUACGCUGCCAGGGCUGCCCUUACAUGCGCAGCAUCAUCGGCGAGGCAGCCUGACGUCGACGGCUUCAUUGCUGGUUCGUUUUCGCUGGCGUCUCAUCUUGAAUUCGUCACCCAGACCGUGCUAGCAGAUCGCAGCUAUGUAUUGUCUGUUGAGAAGAUCUUGUUGCUGUCUGGAAUGCUGAAGAAGAAGCCGCGCAUGCUUGACAAGUCUGACAAUCCAAUGAUUUUUGCUGAUGAACGGCGGCUUCGUAACUGCCAUACCGAUGCUAAUGCUAGUGGUGAUGCUAAUUGUGAGAAGGUGCCAGGUGGUUUGACAAUAUCACUUCGGGCUGUUCUACUUGACAAGAUUCAUGCCAAGUACCUCAAGGCAAUCUCUCGAUUACCUAUGCAAGAUGUUCGGGCUCGUUACCACUUACCACCGUGCCCUUGUCAACGGUGGUUACUGCUAUGGCCCAUUCAGUUGUGUGACCAACAUCAUCGUCAACACUCUCUGGAGCGGAAGGGUGGAAAUCCAGCUGGGAUGUCAGUGCCUACAAGGCUGCAGCGGAUGCAUCGUUUCAUCCUGAGCCCGAAGCUUAUGUACAGUUUUCCACUCAAUCUCUACCUAAGAUGCAUUGGAUAUGUUUAUAGCGUUCAAGGAAAAAUUUGUCACUCAACAGGGUUUUUUUCAUAGAAAGAUUGAAGCUGCACUAAGGAAAAGGGGAUAUCUAUAUGAUCUUCAAGUAAUCUGUGUUGCAAAUGAGCGUGUGGGCAGCCAGAUGAACUUCUUGGACUUCAAAUGUCCAUAUUCACAUGUAAACUUUUUGGCAAGACCAAAAGUUGGAAGUGGACUUAAGUUAUUCUUUGCUGAAUUCAGUAAUGAUGAUGAUGAUGUAUCCUUUUGCUGUACCGUCUCAAGAAAAUCAAAACACGCUCGUUGUUGUUAUUGUGAAUAUGAAGGGACCAGGAUUAUGCAUCCUGCGCAUCCGAUUGAAAAUUAUUGUGGUGGCGACAUGGACUUCAUAGAAAUGGCGCAUGGCACUCAUAAGCUGACCAAUGCAAGAAUCAUUAGUUGUGGGAAGUGCGCAGGCAAUAGAGUAGGCAUGUGUGGGGACGAUUAUAUCUAUUUCGAUCCUACCCGAGAUGCUAAGUUCGCCCAAUGCAUGAACCGGACUGCUUCAAGGGCGAAUAUAAGCUGGAGUGACAUUUUAAAGGUGAAUACAAGCUAGAGUGACAUUGAGAGGCAUGAACCAGAACUGCUUUAUGGGUGAAUGCAAGCUAGAGUGAUAUUGAUAGUAUAGGUGAUGUGUAUUCCGAUGUCUUAUUUUAAUGAAGAUAUCUUUUUUUAUUAUAAUUUUAUGUGGACUUGAUGGUUAUUUAUAAUAUACUGCAGUGAUGGCUUAAAAUGAGUUU